AUGAAGCUCUCUGCCUUGGAUGUCCAGGAAUGGCAGGGAAAAGUGCAAAGGGAGGAGGCCACAGUAGUUGUUGAGAACGUCACCUUGAUCACAGAAUUCAUUUUCGUGGGACUCUCCAACGACCGGAAGACCCGGAUUGUGCUUUUUGUGGUGAUCCUUCUGACCUACACGUUGACCAUCAUGGGGAACCUGGCGGUCAUCACGCUGGUACGGUCUGACUCCCACCUCCAAACACCCAUGUACUACUUCCUGAUGCACCUCUCAUGUCUAGAGAUCUGCUAUGUCACCUGCACAGAACCACAGAUGCUGGCUCACCUGCUGGCCGGAAAAGGAGCCAUCUCCUUCACUCGUUGUAUGGUCCAGAUAUUGGCUGCCAUGUUAAUGGGCGCUGCCGAAUGCUCUCUGCUGGCGGUCAUGGCUUACGACCGUUACCUGGCCAUUUGCCAGCCUUUGCUGUAUCCUGUUGCCAUGGGCAGGUGGCAACAAAUGCUCCUGGCAUCUAGCUGUUGGGCAAUAGGUCUUUUUUUUGGUACCGUAUUUGUGGGCUGUGCCCUUCGCCACUCCUACUGUGGUCCCAACCGUAUGAACCACUUCAUGUGUGAGUUGCCGGUGGUGCUACAACUUGCCUGCGAUGAUACCCACACCACUGAGGUGGUGGUUUUUGCACUAUCUGCCUUGGGCAUCCUGAUUCCUAUUUCUAUUAUCCUGAUUUCCUACGCUGUCAUUCUCUUCUCCGUGUUGCAAAUACGGUCCGCCACCGGAUGGCAUAAAGCGUUCUCCACCUGCGCUUCCCACCUUGUGGUCGUUACCUUGUUCUAUGGAACUCUGGUUUCUAUGUACCUGAUUCCACGAUCCGCCGCAUCCUCAGAUCGUGGCAAACACAUUUCUGUGUUUUAUGUGGUGGUCACCCCUCUCCUCAAUCCUGUCAUUUACACCCUGAGGAACAAGGAUAUUCAUCAGGCAGUGGGCAGAGUCCUGCGAAGAGGAGGGGUGGUGACCCACUCAACCUGGGGUCACUUCAUCCGCCUCACCAUAAGCCCCACAGCGGGGUCACCCCUCUUUAAAAGCCACGCGGGGUCCUGGGCUCCCCACAUCUCCAAGCGCCACUGCACUGCUGGCCGGGGCCGCUGGGGAUUUACCUCUCUCCCCCUCCUGGCUCUUGCUUUGCGCGAGUAG